UCAUAGAUUUUAUAUAUUCUGUACGUCACAUCUGUUACAUCAUAGCGAGGAUUCUUUUUUCAAGAUUUUAAUUUCAGAAGCUUCACUGAUUGUACACUGUACAUAAUUUAUCGCAAAAUAAAGUAACAAAACUUUAAAAUGAGUGCCUGGAGACAAGCAGGUUUAAAUUAUAUAAACUACUCAAACAUUGCUGCUAAGAUCUUGAGGCGAUCUCUAAAGCCGCAACUCCGAACUGAGGCUAUGCGACGCGAUGAAUCCCACAUUCGUAUUACACCAUGGGCUAAUGGCAAACCAGCUCAUCUUCAGAAAGCUGCACCGAAGUAGAGUGAAGAAUGAUGAGAUUGCAAUUAUUUAGUCAUAUUUAAAUAAAUCUUGGUUUCAAAUGUUACAUUA